AAGAACGCAGACACAAUAAAUUGCAAUUUUACAGCAAAUUUGGGAUGCCCGGUGUUAUCGGCUGUAUAGUCAGCACUCACAUUGCCAUUGUACGCCCAAACGACCAUGAGGAAAGUUUUUGCCGUAAAAAUUAUCACUCGUUGAAUGUACAACUAAUAUGUAAUGCAGACAUGCAAAUAAUUAGCACUGACGCGAGACACGGAAGAGGUACUCAUGAUUCGCUUAUUUGGUCCCAUCAUCCCCUAUGUGCUUACCUAAAUAACCUCAGCAGUAAUGAAGGCCUAUGGCUUCUAGAUGAUUCUGGAUAUCCUCUUAGGAGAACCGUAACGACACCAAUAUUGGAUGCACUAGAAGGUUCAGAAGAAGAGAAGAGAGAACGAUUGGUCUUCUGAAGGCCCGUUUCUGUUGCCUACUCGUACACAGGACACUUC